GCGCUCUCGCUGUCUCUCAGCUCACUGGAAUGACGUGCGGGAACGUUCCCAUCGCUGCUCACGGCAACGUCAGCGGAUCUAAGCCACGCUCAUUAAGAAGAUGGAUAGCUAUGGGUUCUCCAGUGAUAUGUUCAGUGGCAGAGCAGUUCUGGGGGAGGACAGCUCGGUCAUGGCCCGCAUGCAGAAGAAGUUCUGGAAGACCAAGCAGGUUCUGAUCAAGGCCACCGGAAAGAAGGAAGACGAGCAUGUGGUGGCAUCUGACGCGGAUCUUGAUGCCAAAUUAGAGUUUUUCCGUUCAGUCCAGAACACUUGCACAGAACUCCUAAAAGUGAUCGAGAAAUACCAGCAAAGAAUCACACAUCUCUCUCAAGAGGAGAAUGAGCUUGGAUUGUUCCUGCGCUUCCAGGCAGAGCAUGAUAAAACGAAAGCAGGCAAUAUGAUGGACGCCACCAGUAAAGCCCUUUGCUGUUCCGCCAAGCAAAGGUUGGCUCUGUGUACCCCUCUCCAUCGAUUCGAACAGGAAGUUGAGACAUUCCGGAGGAGAGCCAUCGCCGACACCCUGCUGACAGUAAGCCGGAUGGAGAAAGCCCGGACCGAGUAUCGCGGAGCUCUGCUCUGGAUGAAGGACGUCUCACAGGAACUAGACCCAGAUACUUACAAACAACUGGAGAAAUUUCGCAAGGUUCAGGCCCAGGUAAGAGGAACAAAAGUGCAUUUCGAUAAGCUGAAGAAUGAUGUUUGUCAGAAAGUGGACAUGCUGGGAGCCAGUCGUUGCAACAUGCUUUCACAUUCGUUAUGCACUUACCAGACAACGCUUCUACACUACUGGGAGAAGACUGCACAUGUGAUGUCUGGCAUCCAUGAGGCCUUCAAAGGAUAUGUACCCUACCAGUUCACUACCCUCAAAGAACUGAGGGACCCACUGGACCAGAUUGCCUCUGCACAUCCAGCAGAGGACACCAAAGAUGAGGACCAGAAGACAUAUUCAGACAAUCUUGUUUCGCUUGAAGAUGAACAGCUGGGUGAAUCAUCCGAAACUGUUUCUACUCGUGCAGUAGAUGGACAGAGUAGAGGGUCUGACAGUUCUUUGUGUGCCAGUCUGGACUCUGCGGCCUUGAAUGAACAGUUAGGCCCCAUUGGUGGAUCUAGCACAGAUGACGACCUCCUGUUAAUGACCCCUGACCCUGGCUCAGUCCCUUCUCUUACUCCAACGUUGACCCCGACCCUACACCCAUCUAUGUCACCUGCUAUUCAGUGGGACAUAGGCACCUCAUAUGAGGAAAAGCAAGAUGCGUUACACAGCAGCUUACGACCUGAAAUAGGCAGGGAUCUUCUGUCUGAGGCUUUCCAGUCUGUCGAAGGGAAAGAAGAGGAGGGAGAGCGAGGGGAACUGGCAUUCCUGCAGGAUCUGCUGAGUCCUGGGGCUGCAGGUGGCGCUAGUGAGUUCAGUAAAGCGUGGCAGGAUGCUUUCGGCUGUUUUGAGGCCCCUCCUGCUCCUCCUGCUGCCGCCACACUGCAAGCAGAAACGGCAAACACACACGCUGGCUUCCUGCCAUCACAUCUCCUGGACCAUAGCCUCAGCACCACAGGAUGGGCGACUCCACCUAUGUUUCAAGCCCCACCCCUCCAACCACCUUCUAGUGGAGGACAGUCUCAGCCUACACAGAACACUCCAAACUCUUCUGCCAGUGCACCCAAAGGAAGCUCCAGGGACAUGUCUGCCUGGUUUAACCUCUUUGCAGAUCUUGACCCUCUGUCCAACCCAGACGCUAUUGGACGCAGUGAUCAGGAGUUUCUCAGUGCCUGAGUAGUGUUGGUAAUGGUGGAAAGCAGGGCAUAUCCCAAGCCUUUAUUUGGAGCUGGAACACUACCUCUCCUGAAACGAUUCAACCUGAGCCAAGGAAGCGUCAAGAAAUCUGAAUCCAUAUUCCACACUGGAAGAUUUCCGAGUUAUGGGAAUGUCUCUUUCCUCCUUUCUUUCAUUGUGUGUGUGUGAAUUUACUGUAUGUACAUUAGGACACCGAAGGGUAAAAUGAAGACUUCAUUGCUAUAUCACUAAAAUGUUGUUACUAAAUGAAGUGCACAUGUUUAAAGGGACAAGAAAGUCAGGAUUUGCCCAUCUCUUAUGUGGAGGGCUGGUUUGUAUAGGACCAAAAACCUAAAUAAGUGUGUGUAUACUACAUAUCUGUUUGCUUUGUACAAUAGAGGAGUUUUUAAUGUCCAGAAACAGGGUUACAGAUUUAUAACAUCUAUUAAAGACUGUAUUUUUAAUCAAGACAGAUACCCAAAGUCGGUGAAGUUACGCAUAAAUCACUAAAAAAAAUAUUUUUGAAGUCACAAUCACUGGAUUAGUUUAACCCUAACUGAUAAAAUAAAUGAAAUUAUUUAUUAAUACAAAAAAA